AUGUGUGACCAACAGAAGCAGCAGCAGCAGUUCCCUCAAUCCUGCGUGAAAGGUUCAGGACUGGGGAUGGGACAAAGCUCGAAAAGCAGCGCAGUGAAAUGUGCAGCCCCAUGCCAGACCCAAACUGUCUGUGUGUCGGGUCCUGCUUCAGGCCCGACCGUUGCCCCAUGCCCAACACAAACCUACGUCAAGUGCCAAGUUCCCUGCCAGACUCAGACUUAUGUGAAGUGCCCAGCCCCUUGCCCGACGCAAACCUACGUCAAGUGCCAAGUUCCGUGCCAGACUCAGACUUACGUGAAAUGCCCAGCCCCGUGCCAGACGCAAACCUACGUCAAGUGCCCAGCUCCGUGCCAGACUCAGACUUAUGUGAAAUGCCCGGCUCCCUGCCAGACCCAGACAUACUACACCCAGUAUGCUUCUCCUGCCCAGACCUACUACGUGCAGCGUCCUGCAAGUGGCAUGACGCAGGGCUCAGGAGGCCUGUACUGUGUCCCUGACCCCUGCUCGGCUCCCUGUUCCACCAGCUACUGCUGCCUGGCUCCCCGCACCUUCGGAGUGAGCCCCCUGCGACGCUGGGUCCAGCGGCCCCAGGGCUGCUGCACAGGAUAUUCUGGUGGCUGUGCCAAUUCUGGGUGCUGCAGCUCCGGGGGCUGCAGCUCUGGGGGCUGCAGCUCCGGAUGCUGCAGCUCCGGGGGCUGCUGUGACUCUGGGUGCUGCUGCUUGGGGAUUAUCCCCAUGAGCUCUCGAGGUCCUGCCUGCUGUGACCAUGAGGAUGACUGCUGCUGUUAA